CCGUGAUGGAGAGCUGUGUCUUUCCUGUGGUACUGCUGGUCGCGCUGACCUUUGUCUGUGCCUACAACAACAAAUAUGACAACUUUGACGUGGAGCAGGUGCUGAAUAACGAUCGCCUGCUCAGAAGAUACCACGAGUGCCUCGUCUCGAAUUCCGAUGUCUCCUGCACUGCCGAGGGCAAACAACUCAAACGUACUUUACCAGAAGCUCUGAAGACAGACUGCCGCCAGUGUAGUGAGACGCAGAAAACUCAGGCUGAGAAGGUGAUCAAGUUUCUCAUCCACAAGAAGCCAGACUUGUGGAAGUCGCUGGAGAGCAAGUACGAUCCAUCUGGCACUUACAGGCGAAGGCACGACGCGGAACUGAAGAGGCUCUCUGCUUGAAAUACAGAAGUUGAUUUCUUCUUCAAAUAUUCAUGAUCUAAGGUCUUAUUGUUGAUCAGGUUUUGAGUAUCUGUAGUAAAUAAACAUAAAUAAAAUACUGUA